UUGACCUUCUACCAGACAGUGGCUGGCAUCAUUGGUGUUGUGGCCUCAAUUUGUGGUAUUACACUGUUCAACUACAUUUUCUCUAAGCGGACCUACUGGAUGACAUUUAUUGUGACAGCAUUGCUCCUUGUGAUGUCCAAUUUCUUUGACCUCAUCAUUGUGAUGCGCUGGAACAAACCCCGUGUCACUGAUUAUGUUGUUUUCAUUCUGGGUGAUGCUGUUCUCUCUCAAGUAAUUAGCAUGCUGAAUUGGAUGCCCUUAUUUGUUCUGUUGUCACGGCUGUGUCCACGUGGAAGCGAGAGCACAGUGUAUGCCAUUCUUGCCGCAUCUGGUAACCUUGGCCAGUCAAUGGCUUCCAUUAUUGGCACACUGAUUAUGGAGUACAGAUUGCCAGUGGUCACGAAACCGCCUUGCAAUUACGACAACCUGAAAUGGAUAAUUGUUGUUGGUGGUUUUUGUGUUCCACUGUUGCAGAUCCCGCUGAUCUUUUUCCUCAUUCCGCGUGCCCGUAUGUGC